AACACUUCUGUCUCUCUUUCUUCUUGAUUCGUCCUCUCCAUUUUCUCAAUUUCUUUAAUCUCUUUCUUUGUCCUUUCUUCUUCUUCAUCUAUGGACCCUUUACCUUCCCAACAAGAACAACAACACAAUCUUGACGAUACUAUCCAACAAACCCUAGACCAAAAUCCUCAAUCCGAUUCGACCACCACCACAACCGACACAGCCUCUCCUGCUCAACAACGCAAACGCAAAGGCAAAGGUGGUCCCGAGAACUCCAAGUUCCGUUACCGUGGCGUCAGACAAAGAAGCUGGGGAAAAUGGGUCGCCGAGAUCCGAGAGCCACGUAAACGCACUCGCAAGUGGCUUGGUACUUUCGCCACCGCCGAAGACGCCGCACGUGCCUACGACCGGGCCGCCGUUUUUCUCUACGGGUCACGUGCUCAGCUCAACUUAUCCCCUUCCUCUCCUUCAUCGGUCUCUUCUACUUCCUCAUCCGUCUCCGCCGCUUCCUCUUCUCCUUCCUCCUCUUCUUCCACCACUCAAACCCUAAGACCUCUCCUCCCUCGUCCCUCCGCUGCGUCCCUAGCCUCCGCCUUUGGUCCGUGCGGUCUACCUUUUACCAACAACAUGUUACUCUCUGGUGGGACCUCUAUGUUAUGCCCUAGUUACGGUCUUUUCCCUCACCAACACCAACACCAACACCAACACCAACACCAACAAAAUCAAAAUCAUAUGACACAAGUGGGACAGUUCCAUCACCAACCUUAUCUGAAUCUUCACUCUAGUAAUAACAAUAACAAGAUGGGCGACGUGGAGCUGACAAAUGUUCCGUUAGUUAAUUCGGCGUCGUUUCAUCACGAGGUGGCGUUAGGGCAAGAACAAGGAGGAAGUGUUUGUAAUAAUAACAACUCAAUGGAGAAUUUGAAUUCUGUAAUUGGUUCGGUCGGUUCAACGGUUGUUGAUCCGGUUAGUUCAAUGGGUAUGGAUCCGGGUUACAAUAUCGUUGGAGAUGGAUCUUCACCGGUUUGGCCUUUUAGCGGAGAAGACGAGUAUAGUCAUUGGGGGAAUAUUUGGGAUUUUAUUGAUCCUUUGCUUGACAUUUGAUGUACAAUCGAUGAGAGUAACUCCAAGGGUUGGUCAAGACCAUUGAAGAUUCAUAAGGAGAUUUUACAUUCGAUGAAGAGCUUUGCAUGCACAAUUUUGGAGGAUUUUUUUUUUACAUAUAGAGAUAAUUAAGAGGCUAUUUUUACUGGGUUUGAAUAUUUUUAUUUAUAUUUUCAGGGAAUUCGUAAAGGAGAUUACGGUUCCAAUAAAGUAUAUAUACAUAUAUGUGGAA